AUGGCACUCCCGACCGGUGAAGCCUCAUACAAGAAACAACCAGGCCUCCUAGCUAUCUCGAAAGAUAGAAAAUCAGUUUCAUGGAGUCCAGCCCAGCCGCCGGAUGCUAGCCCCAGCCUGGUAAUAUCAGCGGCAAAUGUAACCAAUCUACAGCAAACUCCAGAAUCGAGUGCGAAAGUGAUGUUGAAGAUCUUCGCUCAAGAUCCGGGUCGGUCUGAAGCAACCGCACACGUUUUCACCUUCACAUCCAGGAAAGAUCCGAGAAGCGAAGCGAAUGCGAUCAAGGAUUCACUAGCCAAUGUUAUUCAAGCGCAAAAGGCUGCACAAAAUGCUGUUGCUGGACCGGCUGGCGGUCAGUCCGCUGCCAUGACGAUAGCGAAUGCCGCUUCGGGCGCAAACAAGACUACCAAUUCCUGGGAGGACGAUGAGCGAUUGAAGACAGACGUCAAAUUACAGCAAUCUCUCAUGCAGCAAGAUCCAGAAUUGCAACGAACAUUCCUGGAAGCGUUGAAUCUGAAGCCGGAAUCGAUAUCCACCAUUCAGUUUACCACCCAGUUCUGGUCAUCUCGUGUUCACCUGCUUCGGGCACAUGCUAUCGCUCAAAACCAGGGAAGGGGCAAAUACAACGUUUUCUCCGAACUACGACGUGAAGAUGGAGGGACCAAGCUCAGUCUCACUGGAGAUCAUGUUCGUGCUAUAUUUGAACAGUAUCCUGUGAUGCGUAUAGUUUACGACGAGGUCGUCCCCAAUAAGUGUAAAUCGGAAACGGAGUUCUGGUCACGCUUCUUCCAAAGCCAACUGUUCAUGAAACUGCGCGGCUUGAAGUUUGACCCAGCGAGAGAGUCUCGAGACAAAUAUCUGGACACUGAGGAAUUCCUCAAUCACCCAGAAUUGACCGGUCUACGACCCACACCCUCAGAAAUGCACAUUCCAAAAUUCAUCGAUUUAGAAGGGAAUGAGGAAAAUCACAGCCGCCGCCAGGGAAACCGACCCGAUAGCGAACUUCGUGCGACAGCUCUCGACAAAGCACCCAUCAUUCGCAGACUGAAUAACCUUUCUGAGAAGCUCAUGGCGACCGUCCGCCCCUCAGAUAUCGACGCCUCUGCACCCAUUGGGAUGCCAGAGGCUGAAUAUAACCGACUCCGUCUCCACGAUCUCGUAGGCGACCCAGAACAGGAACGAAUCAUCCUGAACAUUCGUGAUCAAAGUCGUUUCUUCGCAGACAAUCGUUCUCAACAGGAUGGCGAGAGCACCACAGAUCGCAACCCUUUCCGCAAUAUCGACCCGGCCAAAUCCAUAAAGGACGUCCACAGGGACCUCACCUCCCACUUCCCCCAACCAGGAGUAGGCGCCAUCCCGAUCGACGCCUUUGAAUUCGAGGACGAGGAAAUGGAUGACAAUGACAAAAGUCAAAUGAAAACCGGUUCCUCCAGCGCCAUGACCCACAUCCUUUCCCUGGUGCAAGCGCACCGCGACCAAACCUCCGAAAUCCCGAUGACAUCAGGCCUCAGUACCGCCAUAUACGACCGCCUGACGCUGACACAUGCGACCACAAUCGAAUUCCUGCGCCAGUUCUGGAACGCGUUUCUCUCUGGCGACGUGUCGCGCGCCAACGAAAUAGCAUCGCUGGUUGAAAGCCUGAACCGCGCGCUAGACCGCAUCAACGUCAUCGCCGAGGACGCAGAGAUGGAAAGACAAGCACACAUCAAAUCCCAGCAGAAGGCGAUAGAAGAGCGCUUCAAGAAGACCGGCAGGCGACACAGGAUAGACCACAACCAGAUCCGCGGCGGCGGGAAGGUCGUCAAGCACCUCCUCGGCCCAAUCAUCAAGAGCCUCGCGAAUGCCGUUGCCCGAUAUAAGCAGGCGUUCGAGGAGCAGACGGGUGGUGCUGGCAAGGAAGGAUGA